AUGGUGCUCGCUUCAUUGAGCAAUUGGCGGGCGCAAUGGUUUCCCCCAAAGCCGAGAUUUACAGAGCAGGAUGUACCAGCUCAGAACGGACGAGUCUUCAUUGUCACGGGCGGGAAUGCCGGCAUCGGAUACGAGCUGGUCAAAAUGCUUUAUGGAACAGGUGCAACAAUCUAUAUGACCUCGCGAUCAAUUGAUCGCGCCGAGAGUGCCAUCAAAACCAUCACAUCGCUCAAUCCUCCACCAUCGAAUCCCGGAACGAUCAAGCCGCUGUGCUUAGAUCUAAAUGAUCUCGAGAGCGUCACGAACGCUGCCGAAACGUUUGCUCAGCAGGAAAGUCAACUUGAUGUGCUCUGGAACAAUGCAGGUACUGGAGGUACCGCAGUCGAGAUUGGGGCGAAAACGAAACAAGGUCUCGAGCCAAUGGUGGGCAUGCAUUGCGUCGCAGCCUUGCUCUUCACUCAACUGCUCAUCCCUCAUUUACGCGCUGCUGCUGCGUCUUCGGUAAGAAAGUCGUCUCGGGUCGUUUGGACGUCUGGCUUUCUUGCGGAAGCAGUGACACCAACAAAUGGCAUCGACUUCGAUUUUCUCAAGGAAGGUAGUUCUGACCGAGUGCAGAACUACGGUGUUUCAAAAAUGGGGAACUGGAUGCUGAGUCGCGAAAUGACAAACCGCUAUGCUGAAGAUGGUAUCAUUAGCAUCACUCAGAAUCCAGGAAAUCUCAAGGCCGGGGCAUACGCUGGUACACCAGCUGUUGCCAUGUUCUUGAUGAAAGCUUUCCUCCAUGAUCCGAAGUUUGGAGCUUACACUGAGCUGUACUCUGGCCUAUCACCCGAUAUCACCAGCGAGAAUAAUGGGUGUUACGUCAUUCCUUGGGGACGAAUACGUCCAGAUGAUGAUUGCCCACGCAGAGACAUCAUAAGAGCCAUGACUCCUCAGUCCGCAGGUGGACUUGGAUAUACCGGGAAGUUCUGGGAUUGGUGUGAGAGGCAGUGGCAACCUUUUAUUGGUGACGUUUUCCCAGGCUGA